AUGAAUAACAACUUGUUAGCACUAUGUGCUUUGCUAGUCGUAGCAGUUUUAGGACGGAAACAUUUUCGCAAUGAUAAUCACUACCAAGUUGUGGGCGUAGAGUGUAAGAAAAAUGAGGCAGUCAGCUGCCUGAUGAUUGAAUGUCCGACUGGCAGCUUUUGCCCGGCGGAAAACUUUUGCUACAACCCUAAAUGCGUUUGCCGCAAAGGAUUUCGACGAGUUGGUGGUGUCUGUGUGGCAAAACACAAUCCUCUGCAUUUGAACAAAGCCACAUUGGAGUCAGCUUUACUUAAAAUUCCCUAUCGAGAGAUUCUCUUUUGAGAGUUACAGCUACUAAUAUAUUGGUAUAUUGGGUAAACUCAAAGAUUUUGUAUUUUAAAAUCAGUCGAAAUUAAUUUAGGACGGACUUACGAAUUACAAAAAUAUCUUUAAGAGUUAGUAGUAGUUAAAGUUAGAUAUUCAAAAAACCUUACUUCUUAUUAUAUUGAAAAUUUAGAAAUAUUACUGUUUUAAUUUGAAUUGUAUUUAAAUGAUAAAAUAAAAGUAUUCUUGUAGUCUUAGGGUCCUGGUUUUAUAAUAUUUGUUAAAGCAUUCUUUUUACUUUUAAAUUACAUUUUAAAUUUGUAUGAAUUCGACAUUUUAUGAAAUAUAACAUAUUUGAAUAAU